AUGGUCGGAGUUCCGCACAGUACAGGCUGUGCCCUGUGUCGCGAGCGACGGAUUAAGUGCGAUGAGGCAGUCCCUGAGUGCACUCAGUGCCAGAAAUAUGGUCGCGCCUGUCCGGGCUACCGGCGAACCUUCCGCUUCCAAGACGAAGGCCCCAACCUCGCUCGACGACAUCGCUCCAACACCCGACGGAGGAGGAGAGGUACAUUGGCAGGCCCACACGCGUCGGCUACAUCUUCAACCCCAAAUGCCCGACCGACACCCGCACACUGUGACUCCACUGCCGCUGCAGACGUAGUGCGCGGCAAUGCGAUUGCCCUCAUGCGACGACACUCUUCCUUGGGCGGCUGGGAUGAGAAACUGUCGCCAUCGCUGGUGCGCAAGUCCUUCCGUGCCGCACAGCCACAAUUAUUCCUCGACUUCAUCAGCACGUCGUUUCCGACCCUCUAUUAUCAUAAUCGGUUCCGGUCCGGCGAUGCACCCGGGUUCGCCGAAUAUAUCGUCAUGAAUUUCGGCAAUGAUGCUUAUCUCGACUCCGCGGUUUGCUGCUUGAGCUCCGUCUAUUUGGCACACUUGACUCAAGACAAGGCUCUCCUCAAAGCAAGUCGGCAAAUGUAUUCCAAGUCGCUGCACGAGGUUAUCCGGGCCAUUCCCAAAGCCGACCAUGCCACAUCUGACAACAUGCUAUGCACAUCCAUCAUCCUUAGUGUCUUCGAGAUGUACGCGCAGACCACACCGGACGCCUGGGUCGUGCACUCUGAUGGCGCGAAGCGGCUGAUGAUAAGCCGAGGCCCCGAGGCGCACGAGUCUGGUUUCGGAAGAUACUGCUGGAUUGCAUUCCGCGGUUUCUUCAUCGCCACAGCAGUCUACGAAGGUAAACCCUGCUUCCUAGACCAGGAAGAAUGGCAAUCCUACGCGACGAAAGUCAGGACCGAAGACCGCCAGAAGCCCGGCGAGUGGUCCGCGUACGGAGAAAUAUCCGAUUUGGCCUUUAUGGAAAUCGCCAAAUGCCCGAGGUACAUCAGCGAAACUCGGGAUCUCCUUUCCGCCCCGGCCGAGCCAGACUCGAAUUCAUUCAGAAACCUCCUCGGGCGUAUAAAUGACACCUCCCGUCGGCUGCGCUCGCUCGCCGCAGAGCUCCGGUCCUGUAUCAGCGCGCAUAGUGAGCGCCAGCAAGGUAUCAUCCAGAGACCGGGAUCCUUCGUUGGGCCCGUGCCAGAGACCUUCCCGGAUACCGGUCCGUCGCUGCUCCUCAAUGGAGCGGAAAAUAUGCUAGAGACGCUGCAGCAGCUCUCCGACCGUCUUGAAGACCGGUUACGCUUCGAAUACAUCGACGAUGGCUCGCCGGAGUCGACUGUCGCCACACCACCCAGCAGUGGUAGUGAAUAUUCCGUAUCCCCUUAUUCUGCGAAGCCGAAGAGCUUUGCCCUCCCCUUUCGCAUUCAUUCAGAGCUUGGACAGGGUCCGUCUAAGACCUCUGAUCCACAUGACCCCCCGUGCUGUGAUCUGGUUGGAUCGCAUAGCCUCGUCGAUGGGUGUCCUCGGCGCGAAGGUCCUUCCGGGUGA